GCAGUUCCUUAUUGAGAUACAAAGUCUCCAGGCGAGCAAUAUCCUUUGUUUUCUCUCCUUCAAUAAAGUCCCCUAAAUUCAUCUUCCGCUCGUUAACUUUCGACGCUAUCCUGUGAUGAGCCAUGGGAUGCUGUUUUUCUGAACCUGUGGAUUUUGAUUCUGAAGUCAAUCUUUUUCAUUUCGACCUCCAUAGAGCAGUGGGCAAAGGAGCUUUCGGCAAGGUCAGGGUAGUCGAACACAAGCGUUCUAAAAAGCUUUAUGCCCUCAAAUACAUUGAUAAAGCGCGAUGUAUCAAGCAAAAGGCCGUGGCGAACAUCAUACAAGAACGUAGACUACUCGAGGAGAUCGACCACCCUUUCAUUGUCAACUUGCGAUAUGCAUUCCAGGAUGACGAAAACUGUUUUUUUGUGCUCGACCUCAUGCUGGGUGGAGACCUCCGAUUCCAUUUGGAAAGCAGAGGAUGCUUCAGUGAGGACGUAGUCCAAUUUUGGGUUGCAGAGCUGGCUUCAGCUCUCGUUUAUUUGCACAAGCAGCGCAUUAUUCAUCGUGACCUUAAACCAGAUAAUAUCGUACUUGAUGCAAAGGGUCAUGCACAUAUCACCGACUUCAAUGUUGCCAUCCAUUAUUCGGAGCGUCGGUUGCACACUAGUGUCGCUGGUAGUAUGGCAUAUAUGGCUCCCGAAGUCGUUGGAAGGAAAGGAUACACAUGGUGUGUCGACUGGUGGAGUUUCGGUAUUACAAUCUAUGAGUUGUUGUUCCGACGACGUCCAUUCGAUGGACGCACAUCUGAAAAGAUGACCAACUCCAUCCUCAAAGAUCCUCUGAGGUUUCCCGAUGAUGCCCAUAAGAAAUGCAGUUCAAACUGCGUAAAGUUUGUGCAAGCAUUACUCGAACGUAAUGUUAGCCAACGUCUAGGUUGCCGACCACAUGGUCAAGGCUUCCAAGACAUUCAAAACCAUGCAUGGCUGCAGGGUACAAAUUGGCAAAAUACGGAUACGAAAGCAGCUCAGCCUCCUUUCGUUCCAGACAUGAAGAAAGCUAAUUUUGACGUAACUCACGAACUCGAUGAGUUCCUAAUGGUUGAAAAACCACUGACCCACACAAAACGCAGGGCAAACCCGGAUUUAGCCAAAAUGAAGCCGGAAGUGAGGCAGUUGGAAGAGCAAUUCACCGUUUAUGACUUUAUGUCCACCAAGCGCAGGUCGUAUUACCCUCAUAACGAGCCCAUUACCACCGUCGUACGGAGCUUAGAAUCUGACCAAAUUCCGGUUGUUCAGUCAAUAUCAAACACCCUUGUUCCAACCACGACGAUGGGAGACAGAUCCCAAGCCGGUUCUCCAGCCUUGGAUACCACCUGCCACCAGCAUAUGUCCAUACCUCUCUAGCAUAUGACUGUUUUUAUUACCUUAAUACUAGCGAUGCCCAUUGUGCAUUUAAUGUUGUAUUUUCUAACUGAAGCAUUCAUAUUAUCUCCAUCUCCUGGAGUCUUUCGCAUUAACCAAUUUAUGUACAUAUUCACACUUCCUUGCUCGCACUGUGGCAUUUAUGUAGCAUCAUUGCUAGCAGCGUUCUAGCUGGUGUAUCUACUACCUUCGUAAACGAUAAGCUUGCAUCCGUUCAACAUCCAUUAUAGGUGUUAGAUUCACUCUUUUUGCACUUGACUCGAACAAGAAAUCAUAAGAAAGCACAUUUUCGAACUUGCCAGACUUGGGCUCCUAGGCCUUGUUUUGGGUCGUGCCAGUUGAUCGAACCAUCGAACGUUGUGCAUUACAGCUCUUUGCAUAAUUAUGCG